AUGGGUGGAAGAGCGGAGGAGUUCCGGGAAAAUGAGAAAACAGGCUGGGACGAAAGAGAACAAGAAAACCAAGAGAAACGUGAAGAAAACAGAGAAGACAAAAACAAAGAGGGAAUUAAAGAAAGUGAUCAAGAUAACAAAGAAAAAGAAGGAGAUAGAGGAAGUCACCAAGACAAGAACAAUAAGAAAAAUUCAGAAAACAAUCAAGGUAAAAAAACAGAAGAAACUGAAGAAAGCAUUGAAGAGACCAUUGAAAAUAACAAGGAAGAAAGAAGAAAAGAAGAUGAGAGUUUGACUGCUAAGAUAGUCGUCACACCACAAGAUUCCACACAGCUCAAGAAGAGAAGAGAAAAGUCGCAGUCGAGUCGAGCAAAAAGCAAGACAAGACGCAAGCGCAAGACGCAGGUUAUGAACAUGAAGUCACGAAGAUCGAAGAUGGCUGUCUUGAGUGUCUUGUCUUUCUCUUUCGCGACGAGACCUUGCCGUCAGACCGUCACCGCCCACCUUCGUCUGUCUAGAAACGGGACAGCGACAGCGGAAUUGAAAUCCGAACUGAACAUCUGA